CUGAAAUGUGUGAUCCACAAAUUUAAUAACAUAUUACGAUUGUAUUUAUGUAUAAAUACUACAAGUAUAAUGGCGACACCCACUAAUGGUAACGGUAAUCUCAUUGACGAAUUUGAGGAAGCAUUCCAGCAAUGUUUGAGUAUAUUAAUAACGAAAGACGAAGGGUUAGGAAACAAUGGAAUUGGAGUAUCUAGUGGUUUGACUGUGGAUAAAGAGGAAGCACGUAGUGAAGUUGAACAAGUCACAUUAAGAUUUAUAGAUUUGGCAAGACAAAUGGAAGCUUUCUUUCUACAAAAACGAUUUUUGUUGUCUGCAUUGAAACCAGAAUUAGUAGUCAAAGAAGAUAUCAAUGAUCUUAGAGUAGAAUUAGCACGUAAAGAAGAUCUGAUAAAAAGGCAUUAUGAUAAAAUUACAGUAUGGCAGAAUCUGUUAGCAGAUUUACAAGGCUGGGCAAAAUCUCCUGCUCAAGGUCCAGCACCUAAUGGAUUACCUAAUGGUACACAAAGUGGGCAAAAUCAACAAAGUGCCAAUGGUGGUGGAAAUGCAACAAUGCAGCAACAACAGCAAAUAUUACAACAUCAACAACAACUCCAACAACAACAACAGUUGCAACAUCUACAACAACAUCAAAUGCAACAACAACAACUUCAUCAGCAACAGGUACAACAAGGAUCCGGUGCACCUCCGCCAUCGGGUCUCCAAGGAGUUGGGGUUUCAGUUGGACAACAAGGGAUGUUUAUGACACAAGGAGCAGUAGGUACACGGGCUGGAUUUUCUGUUGGAGGUGUAGGAAGUAGCGCCCUUCAGGGUCCGCUCGCUUUCCUAGAAAAGACAACGAGCAAUAUAGGAAUGCCUGAAAAGCGGAGUUGACGCGGAAGGGGGAGGGGCCGGGGUCGGGGUCGAGGAAAAAGCCGAGGAAGAGGACGAGGCGGAGGAGGAAGUUUACCUCCGCCACCACCACUUCUCGAUACUUCGGACCCGUCGUCGUAUGCUGCUGCUGCCGCAGUUGCAGCUGCUGCGGCAGCGCCCCUUCCCUCUCCACACCAGCAGCCUCCACCAUCUUGUACAUGAAUAUAUUUACAACAAAUUAAUUUGUUAUUGUAAUAUAUUGUUCCUAUAUCUAAAAUUAUUGCGAUCGCAGAAAGUAUUCUCAAGUAUAUAGGUUUUAUUUUCAUUAGUA